GGCUAAAAAAACUCGCGAGCCCAGCCCAAGCCCAUUUCUUCCCCGGAAUAGUCCCCACCCGCUCCUUAUUCCCCUCUCUUCCCAGUCUUCGUCAACCCCUCGCCGCCGGCCGAAGUCGACGACGACCAGCGACGAGCUACCCCUCGCACUCCACCGCUGGCCGCAAUCUCCCUGCGUUGCGGUGAAUCUCUGGAGAUAUUCGCCAUGUCGACGGCGCUCAAGGCUUUCCUGAACAGCCCCGUCGGCCCCAAGACCACUCACUUCUGGGGUCCCGUUGCAAACUGGGGUUUUGUCCUUGCGGGUUUGGUUGACAUGAACAAACCUCCUGAAAUGAUAUCUGGCAAUAUGACAGCAGCCAUGUGCGUGUAUUCAGGACUGUUUAUGAGGUUUGCAUGGAUGGUGCAACCACGGAACUACUUGCUUCUGGCAUGCCAUGCUUCCAAUGAAUCAGUCCAGCUCUACCAGUUAUCUCGGUGGGCUAGGUCCCAGGGUUAAUACAAAGCGCAACUUCUGUCAGGUACCUGGAGAAGAAAGAGCCAGAGGCUCAGCAGUGAAAGAGUGUAUAGACCUGCAUUUACCUUCUCAGUAAGGGUGAUCUGCCGCUGCAGUUUUGAAUGCUCAAUCUGGGAGAAAAUUCCCAGAAAACCACUUCUAUGCUAUGUAGCGGUACAAAUUCUUUGUUCCUAGUGCUAUGGCGACCCUAUUACAGAAUCACACCUAACUUCUCUUUGUGUU